AUGCUGAUAGAAAUUUUGAUUAUUGCGUCGUUUCAAGUGAUGCUUACAGCUGAAGUUUCUGAACAUUCGCCAUGUUCGCCUACAUUUACCCAGAAUUCAUUUGUGCUUAAAAAUCACGUGAUUCAAGAGCUGCGAUCACAGACACAAAUCUAUUGCGAGGAGAAAUGUGCAUCGCAUAAUGAAUGCUACAGCAUUAACUUCUACCCUAAACAUCACAAGUGCGAGCUCAGCAAAGAAACCCACUUUACAAGGCCUAUUGACCUUACCCAUGAUUCAGAUGGAGUGUACACUCACGUGGUCAACCAUCAACGUCCAAUGAACGCUUGUAGUGAUCUAUACUGCAGUACGAACCAUGUUUGCUUGGCAAAGGAUGAUGGGAAGGACUAUGAAUGCAAAGAUUGCACCACGCCACUCGGUAUGCAAUCAAAUGCAAUUCCCAACUCAGCAAUCACUGCAUCCUCCACUUUAUCAAAUAAACAUAGCAGCUGGAAUGCUCGUCUCCACAAACAGGAAUCGAAGAACCCCGAUGGAACUCAAAAUCUUGCAGUAUGGUGUCCUGCAGUCAAACAAGCUGGUGAGUACUUACAGAUCGAUAUGGGUCGUCCUGUCUCGUUAAAGCAAGUUGCAACCCAAGGAAGACCUUCUUAUGGUUUUAAUCAGUACGUCAAGAAAUAUCGUUUGUCCUACAAGCGGUUGGAUACACAGUGGAUGGAUUAUCGUGAAAGCGGUAUUAUUAAGGUAUUUGGUGGGAAUACCGAUCGCAACACUGUAGUCACCAACACGCUUAGAGAAAAGGUUGUGGCCCAACAAGUCAGAAUCAUCGUCAUGGAAUGGAACCAAUACAUCUGCAUGAGAGCAGAAAUUUACGGGUGCUGAAUGAUAUUUCAGCAGCUGGAAUGCUGCAUUUUAGGCACAUUAGAUUAUAGUUGCGUUAAAAAAGAUAAAUUCAAAACUGUAAAACUGGAAGGACACCUACGUCUUAAGAAACGAGACAAGGUGGCACCAAAGGAAGUGGAUGGAAGCAGUGUUGAUAKCAAAAACAAAUAAGAUCAACAUAAUAUCAAAUAGGGACACUGGAAGAACUCUGCCCGAUAGCUUCAUCCAAUUACUUAAAACCAUUUAAUUUGUCACAUUUGCCCUAAUAAUAUUUUUAUGCUUUCUUUCAUUUGUAAACAGAGCGAGGCGUAUUGUUCAGUUUCCUCGAGCGCUUUCAGUUAACUACGUUUUAUUAGAUCAUCACGUGUACAACAACCUUGAAAAUGGCUGCUUAAAACGAAAGCUCGGUUAAAAAAUAAAUCAA